GCAAAAGAUAGCCAGCAAAAAAUAAAAUCUAGAAAAUGCUUGAAUAUGGAUAACUGGAAGAAGCAGCAAAACUACCAAAGGAUCACCAACUAACCAUGAGGUCUCUGGUCUUUAUUCUGCUUCUGGGAGCCGCUGUGGCUGAGGAUGAUGAUAAGAUUGUUGGAGGGUACGAGUGUGAGCCCCACUCCAAGCCCUGGCAGGUGUCUCUGAACUCUGGGUACCACUUCUGCGGUGGCUCCCUGGUCAACGAGAACUGGGUGGUGUCCGCUGCUCACUGCUACAAAUCCCGUGUUGAGGUGCGUCUGGGCGAGCACAACAUCAGGAAGACCGAGGGCAAUGAGCAGUUCAUCCGCUCUUCCCGCGUGAUCCGCCACCCCAGCUACGACUCCUGGAACAUCAACAACGACAUCAUGCUGAUCAAGCUCAGCGAGCCCGCCACCUUCAGCAGCGCCGUGCAGCCUGUGGCCCUGCCCACCAGCUGUGCCUCUGCUGGCACCAUGUGCACCGUCUCUGGCUGGGGCGACACCAUGACCUCCAACGAUGGCACCAGACUGCAGUGCCUGGAGAUCCCCAUCCUGUCGGAUGACGAUUGUAAAAGCUCUUACCCUGGGAUGAUCACUCCCGCCAUGUUCUGCGCUGGCUACCUGCAGGGAGGCAAGGACUCCUGCCAGGGUGACUCUGGCGGCCCUGUUGUGUGUAACGGUGAGCUCCAGGGUGUUGUGUCCUGGGGAUACGGCUGUGCUGAGAGGGAUCACCCCGGUGUCUACGCCAGGGUCUGCCUGUUCAACGACUGGCUGACCUCCACCAUGGCCAAAUACUAAAUCAAGCUGAAGAACUAACGCACUCCCAACCCCUACUGUGAACCUUUGCCAUGCCAUGACAUGUCUUGACUGUGUCUUCAGUUUGC